AUGGCCGUCCGCAAUAUCGUCACCGGUCCACCUAAUAAUCAGUCACAAAGUACACCGAUAGAGCAAUCACCAGACAUCUCGCCACUUCAAAGCAACCAAAGCCAUUCACCACAAACAAUCGCAUCUGUCUCCUCGCCAUCCACAGUAAUAAAUCCUAGACGUACCAGGAAUUCAUGCUCCAAGUCCGCAAUCAUCGCCCCUCCCCCAGACGCUGUACACCCGGCCUUCCGCGAGACCCAACCCCCUCCAACAGCACCAUACUUACCACCCACCUCCAUCCCAGAAACCACCACCAUAAGUACCACAAAAACUCACCGGGACUCCACCCCCGAGCUUUUCGACACGGGUUUCUACCUCGGCCGCCUCGAACUCCCCGCCAGCUCCUCCCGCGAGCUCAUCAACAUCCCCUUCAACGAGCGCCAGCGCCAGCGCCAACGCCAGGACGAACAGAAGCAGAUCUACCGCGCCGCAGGCCUGCCAUCUCCAAUAAUUACGCUCGACGGAGCAAUCCUAUCGGCAAACUUCAACCGCUUCCCCGUUGAUCCUGACUCGCACGCAAUGAGCUUCAUGGAGUAUGACUCGACGAGUGAGCUGAAGCCGUCGUCGCAGGCGCCGCCCGGGUCACCACCACCGGUUUAUCAUUCUGACUGGAGACGGGGCUCGUUCCAAGUGAAAGAGAGGAGGUAUACCGUAUUUUUCGGGAGGCUUUCGGCCCAUGGCCGAACAAGUCGUUGA